AUGGAGGUCCAUCUCUUUCUCUUUAUUCUGGUCUUUUGGUCCACAAUUUUAUCAGCUGUGAGUAGUCACCCACCAAAGUAUAGGCUUGAGAGAUGCAACAAGGUGAAAGGAACCUGCAAACCCUUCUGUGAUGACGUGGAAUAUGAUUACGGCUACUGCAUCCUGUGGAGAAACCAAUGCUGCGUGUAA